UACACAACACAAUAUCCUUUUUACUUCUUUCAUAACUAUCAGAAAAAAAAAACACAAAUCAAAGUUUCAUUAGUUUAAUACCUCAAAAAAAACAUGGGUAGUGCAAAAUCAGCCAUGCUGAUACUCUUAGUCGCAAUGGUCAUCACAUCUUGUGCCACGGCCAUGGACAUGUCCGUUGUGUCCUCCAACAAUAACCAUCACUUGACCACCAGUCCUGGCCAUCUCCAUAGCGGUUUCGAUGCUGAGGCCUCGCUGAUCUUCGAGUCAUGGAUGGUCAAACAUGGGAAAGUGUACGGGUCCGUUGCCGAGAAGGAACGGCGUUUGACGAUUUUCGAGGACAACCUUCGUUUUAUCAAUAACCGGAACGCUGAGAAUCUCAGCUAUCGGCUUGGUUUGACCCAGUUUGCGGAUUUAUCUCUUCAUGAGUAUGGAGAAGUUUGCCACGGGGCUGAUCCAAGACCUCCUAGGAACCACGUCUUUAUGACAAGCAGCAACCGAUACAAGACUAGUGCUGGUGAUGUGCUUCCUAAGUCUGUUGAUUGGAGAAACGAAGGUGCAGUGACUGAAGUCAAAGAUCAAGGCCAUUGCAGGAGUUGUUGGGCUUUCUCGACUGUGGGAGCAGUGGAAGGCUUAAACAAGAUCGUGACGGGAGAGUUAGUCACUUUGUCUGAGCAAGAUUUGAUUAAUUGUAACAAAGAGAAUAAUGGUUGCGGAGGAGGCAAAGUCGAGACAGCCUAUGAGUUCAUCAUGAAGAAUGGUGGUCUUGGUACCGACAACGAUUAUCCUUACAAAGCUGUUAACGGAGUCUGUGAUGGCCGCCUCAAGGAAAACAACAAGAAUGUCAUGAUAGAUGGCUUUGAGAAUUUGCCUGCAAACGACGAAUUCGCUCUAAUGAAAGCCGUUGCUCACCAGCCUGUAACUGCCGUUGUCGAUUCCAGCAGCCGAGAGUUUCAGCUCUAUGAAUCGGGAGUGUUUGAUGGCUCGUGCGGAACAAACCUAAACCAUGGUGUUGUUGUGGUCGGGUAUGGAACCGAGAACGGUCGUGACUACUGGCUCGUGAAAAACUCGAGGGGGAAUACAUGGGGAGAAGCUGGCUACAUGAAGAUGGCUCGCAAUAUUGCCAAUCCAAGAGGUUUAUGUGGCAUUGCGAUGCGAGCUUCAUACCCUCUCAAGAACUCGUUUUCUACCGAUAAAAGCUCCAUCGCCUAAGAAAAGGAACUAAAUGUAUGUUAUGCAAGGGAUCAAGUGAGCGAACAACCUAUUCGAUUGUGUGAAAAAUAAUGUAGUCGAUGGGUUUUGUUUUGUAAUAUAUUUUGAAAAAAAUU